GGCUUUUAAUGCACUACUCGACCACGAUUACUUACUGAGUAAUAAUGAAGAAUAUAUAGAUUUGGAAAUUGUAAUAGAUGAAGAGGAUGAAGAUUUAGACGUUAUUGCUGAAGAGGAAGAAGAUGAUUUAGAUGAUAUUGAAGAUGAAAACAACGAUAUACAACGCCAGAGAGCAGAAACCUUCACAGUUUUACCUGGUGUAAGGUUAAACUCCAAAGUAUUUAUGGACAAUCUAAAAUACAGAUAUUACAAAAAUGGUGCUAGGAACAAUAAAACAUAUUUAGUCUGUGAAAAUCAGAAGAAUGUCGCUGAAUUUUGUCCAUCAACAGCUUGGGUUAGGUCUGAAGAUGUUAUAAAAGGUAAUGGUACAAUAAUGACCCGACUCCCACACAACCAUUUACCUCCGAAUGUGGACAUUCCAAUGGUUCAUUUAAGGCGGUCUAUUGGUUUGGCUGGAACGAGUACUGGCAAUUUAGCUACCUCUAUUAGGCAGAUAUAUAACCAAGAAGUAGUGUUGAAUCCUGAAGGUGCACAUGAUUAUACUCAUUUACAGUCCAGGUCGAGCCUCAAUAAAAUGAGACGUCGUCGACGCCCAGUAAAUCCCAAAACAAUUGAUCAGUUGGCGCAUAUCCUUAAUGAACCAAAGGCUAUGCCUUAUGUUUCAACCCUGCAGCGCCCAUCAUCAAGAUUUUUCCAACAUGAUUUUCCAUUAAUGGUAGAUGGAGAACAAUUAGGAGUUAUAUUUGCAAAUACUGAUGCAACUGAAAAAUAUAGGGGAGAACUACUUCAGUCCAUCACCAUAGCUGGAGUAGAUGGAACUUUUAAGACUGUUCCAAAAAAUCCAACCGAUUUGAGAAAGGGCUGCCUACUUACUUUCCAUAUAGUGUUCAGAAAUGUGUCUUUUCCAAUGGUGUACGCAUUGACCACAAGGAUGACCCAGUCCACUUAUGAGUCUUUCCUCAGAAUUGUACAACAAAUUUUACCACUGAACUACAACAGACUUACUAUAAUUACUGAUUAUGAACGAGGUUUAAUGAAUGCUGUGAGGAUAAUAUUUCCGCAUACCAAGCUUCAGGGAUGUUGGUUUCACUACUGCCAAUCUGUUAUCCGGUACUGUAAAAGAAGCAUGCAUAGUCUAUUCGAUCUAUUCCAAACUACUGUCGAGGCAGCUACAGUUUUACGCAUGGUGUUAGCUCUACCCCACCUUCCUGCUGAAGCCCAAAUAAAUUGUCAUUUUACAAUGUUUGAUGGGUUUCAAACAAUUGUAGAUUAUGUCAACGUCCAACAGCCAGUAACUCGAGAGCGCUUACAACCAUUUUUAUUUGGCUACAUACAGAACUUUUGGCUUACAGAAAUAGGCGCUGUAAACAUAAGUGUCUUUGGGUCAGAGAUUCGUACCAACAAUUAUGUUGAAUCAUUUCACGCCACACUGCUGACACAAAUUGGAAAACACCCCAAUAUCUGGGAUUUCUUGCGUAUAUUAAUUUCAUUAUAUAUUCAUGUUUGUGAAUACUGUUUUAUUAAUACAUAUUAUGUAUUUGUGAUUCUAUAUGUGAAUGGGUAUCAAUGGAAUAUAAUAUAAGGUAGGUAUAUCAGGUAGGUACCUAUUAUAUAUCAUACCAAAUCAACAAGUACCCUAUGAAGACUUGUGGAUGCAGUGGUGCACUGAUAUGUUGGGUGAUGGUGUUAUUUGUUGCACAGUUAUUAAUCAACUAUAGCAACAAAGUAUUUAGAUUCUUUGUAUUAAUUGAAGACUUACUGUUAUUCUAGAGAAACUAUUGAUAAUUGAAAACCAAUAUUAUUUGGAAAUAGACCAAGCUCGCAGGAAUCUCCAGAUAAGAUGUCAUCUAUCUAGAGUAGAUAGAUCAGAAGUCACCAGCAAAAUACAAGGGUACAUAAAUCUGUUAAGUGCGAAUGGAGAUUUACUAACUUUUUUGAGAACAGCAGGCCAUCUGAUGGAUGGUUAUUACAGAAAACAAGUUCGACCUCAAUAAAAGAUAUUAUUUGUAUUUCAUUAGAGUGUCCGUGUUUUUAUGUAAUCAUUUUUAUAAUAAUCUUUAUAUUUUUAUUAGGAUCGGUAAUGAAUGUUUGACAAUUGCAAGUUACUUGGUUAGUUGACUUGUAAAUAAUUUAUUUAUAUUACUUUUAUUAUUUAUUUAAUUUUUAUACAGAAUCAUGACUUGUAAAAAUAAUAUAACUUAUACUACUUUUUUUAUAAUAUUAUUUAUUUAUUAAUAUUUUUAUAUUCAGACUUGUAAAUUUAUACCACUUUUAUUAUUAGAACUUUUAAUUUUUAUACAUCAAGACUUUUUACAAUUUUUACCUACUGUACAGCAGAGCGACAUCCACUUACCCACCUUUUUUAUAUUAAACAGUUAUUACUUAUUUAAUAUUUUACUUAUUAUUUAAAAAGACUAAAGUGUUAAAAUUGUUACUAUUACCUAUUAAGUAUUACUAUUUACUAUUGUUACUUUUUUUACAUUAAACAUUAAACAUUAAACAUUUAUUUUAUUUAUUA